AUGGGAAAUGUAUCACACUUUGUUAAUCUUUGCAUAACUCUCUUGAUUUUGGUGUCUCUGGCUUUAGCCGAAGGACAAAAAUGUCGAGAGCCCGAGCAUUUCGGUUGCAGGCAGGACAUCGAAUUGAACGAUAAAGAGCUUGUGAGGCGUGUAAAUUUUGCGAUAGCCGAGCAUAACAAAAAGGCGGGAAAAAAUUUGAUUCUUGUGAAGGUGAUCAUAGGAAUGAAACAACUCGAAACUAACAACGACUAUAAGUUUCUAAUUUCGACCAAGGAUGAAGGACAUAUGCACACUCGAGAUGAUUAUGUUAGCAAGUACUUUGAGAUGACAUCCAGACAGGAGAUCACAUAUUUGAAAGGUAAAGAGGUUGUCAGGUGUGCAAUGUUCGCGGUGGCUGAACAUAACAAGAAUGUCGGAAAAAAAUUGAUUCUCAUGAAGGUGGUUUUAGGAAUGAUGGAUCCCGUAAAAGAGAGCGAUUAUAAGUUGUUAGUUUCGACUAAAGAUGGUGAUCAUGCAAAUGCUAAUGUCGAAUACUACAUUGCUAUCGUCAAUGCAAAACCCGAAGGACAUAAAUGUCGAGAGCCCGAGCUUUUUGGUGGCAGGCAGAACAUCCCGGAACUGAACGAUAAAGAGCUCGUGAGGCAUGUAAAUUUUGCGAUAGCCGAGUAUAACAAAAAGGCGGGAAAAGAUUUGAUUCUUGUGAAGGUGAUCAUAGGAAUGAAACAACCCGAAACUAACAAUGACUAUAAGUUUCUAAUUUCGACCAAGGAUGGUACUAAUGUCAAUGCCAAUAGGGAGUUUUAUAUUGCUAAUGUUUACGCUAAAUGUCCUCCUAAAAAGGGCGGGCUGGGGUUUGAAUAUGCAGCGGAUGAAUUGGAGGACAUGGGUAGGCUGUACGAGCGGUGGAGAGCCCACUACAAGUUGGAUGAGCAGGUGAAUAAUCGAUUCUUCGCGGUGGACGAGCAGAUGAAUAAUCGGUUCACGGUGUUCAGAGAGAACGUGCUGCGAAUUCACCGUUUUAACGAGCUGGACGAGCCGUACAAGCUCGGGCUCAACCAGUUUUCAGACCUGACGAGCGGUGAGUUCGCGGCCCUCCACACGUGUCUGAGGAGUCCCGACCCCACCAGCCAUCUCGAGUACGACUUUACGACUCAUGCCAACAUUUCCCUUGCCGACUUGCCUCCUCGGUCGACUGGAGAGCUCGAGGGGCCGUCACCUCUGUCAAGGCUAAUAUCGACUGUGGUAUGGGCUUGCUGGGCAUUUUCAACAGUCGGGUCAAUGGAGGGUCUGCAUUUCAUCCGCACGGGGAAGCUGCUUUCGUUAUCAGCCCAAGAGCUUGUCGAUUGCGACAAAAGAAACCUUGGGUGUGAAGGAGGUUUUCCGAGAAUUGCCUUUGACUUCAUCAGGGACAGAGGCAUCACAUCUGACCAGAUUUAUCCCUACCAGGAUAGACAGGGGACUUGCAAUGUUGCAAAAGUAAUGUCUCCAGUUGUGAGGAUCGACGGGUUCAGGAGAGUCCCUGUGAACAAUGAGAUGGCAUUGAUGCGAGCCGUCGCGCAACAACCUGUUUCUGUCCUGAUUUCGACUGGCGGUAAUUUCGGUGCUUACAAGACGGGAGUUUUCACCGGUCAUUGCGGGAUAGAUCACGCAGUGACAGUGGUAGGAUACGGCAAGAGCAAGGACGGAAGGAAAUAUUGGAUAGUUAAAAAUUCGUGGGGCAGUUCGUGGGGUGACAAAGGAUACAUUUUGUUAGGUAGAGAUAUGAAGAAGAAGGGUGGCCAGUGCAACAUUGCAAGAUUUCUGCCGCUGUCUCUGGAAUUCGACGCCAUAGCCGACACCAUAAAGUCCUUUUUCCCGGUGGGGCUCCAGCGGAGACGAGCUCCUCGGCCAUGGAGUUGCAAUAUACAGGCUACCACUGAACAUAACCGUGGAACAAUGAAUAGGGGACCGAAAUGGAGCGACGGCGAGGAUGGUGAUACAUCGUCGUCCGGCGAUUCUUCAGCUCACGAUUCCGAUGCAAAAGAUGGAAAUGGGAGCUCGAAAACCCAAUCCUCAAAGUUCAAAGCUUCUCAAGAUUCUUUGAAGAAGAAAGGCAUAGACUUUGAAGCCUUGAGCCGGCACGGAUACAAAGGAGGACUAUUGGUCUUGAAAGUGUCGGCACCAAAGGAACCCGAGAAGGAGCAAAACUGGUCUUGGUCCACAGGGAAAGACAAACAACAACAAAAGGGAAGAGAAAAAGAAGAAGAAGAAGAAGCUUACGAGGAACGAAUGAAAACAAGAGCCGCCUUAGCUAGUGGAGAGCGCCUUUUGAAUGUUCAGACUCGAAUUGAAGGGCGUAGGCCUAUUGGGCGUAUGGUGGGUGCUUAUGAUGAAAUCACAAACUUAAACGACAAGACAGUGAUGAAGUGUGCGAAAUUUGCGGUGUCCGAGCAUAACAAGAAGACCGGAACAAAUUUGAUUCUUGUAAAAAUAGCUAUGGGACUGAAACAUCGUGUCGCUGGUUGGAAUUAUAGGCUAGUAAUUUCUACCAAAAAUGAUACUCGUGCCACCGCGAAUCAUGACUAUUAUCUUUCCAUUGUUUAUGAAAGUCUCCCAUACCAGAAGCGAACUUUAGAACUAAGAUCAUUUGAAAAAAUAUGA